AAAUUGGUUUCAGUUAUUGUGUGCUAAAUUUUGUAAGGUCAAUAGAAUAAUACAAUUUUGUAUUAUAAGCAGAUUUCGAAGAUUACGCGUCUUAUUUGAUUGAAGCAAGGUCAACGCGCAUGAAAGGAAACAAUAAUUGACCCACAUACAGACUGCUUUCUGUUCAAUAGUUUUCGACAAUAGGAUUCGUAUAACCAUGUUGUUGAACAAAAAUGCAUCGCGUUUGGUAAAUCCUAGUACAUUAUGAUUUCUCUAACGUACUACAUGUUAAGUGAUUCAUCUUGUUUAAAUUGAAUAAAUCAUAGUUACAAUGAUGUCGAAUUAAAACACGUUUACGAUAUUUUAUUCGUUACUAACAUCCUAACAUAGCAGCCGCACGAGGGCAUCGACACUGCGCGCUACUUUAUCGCGCGUUCAUCUAUUUAUAGUAACAAUCAGCAUCUGUAGCCAAACGUGAUGCGCGCGCGUGCAAGAUCAAUUCGCUUCCGGGUUUUGACAGAUGGAGGUAUUGAAAUAUUCCGACACCAUUUUCGAAAUUCUUAGAGCAUUUGGAGAUUAAAAUCUCAACAAAAGCACCGAAAAUGCACAAAAUGGGCAAGUUGAAGAGUUUUCAGAUAAUUCUGAGUGAAAAUAAGACAGUGUUUCAUCCUGGUGGGAAAAUAAUGGGAAAGGUUAUUGUCGAACUGAAAGGAGACAUGAAAAUGAGGUCGUUACGAAUUUUUAUGAGAGGCGUAGCUAAAGUACAUUGGACCGAAUCUAGAAGUACUGGAAGCAGGCUUGGCUCUUACACAGAACAUUACAACGCUGAAGUAGAAUAUUUCUUCAAAAGACAGGUGCUUUUCGGUGGAGAGGUGUCAGAAGGGAGAGAUACCCUCACAGAAGGUCGGCAUGAAUUCAAGUUCCAUUUUGACCUGCCCAUGGGUGGGAUAGCCACAUCAUUCGAGGGGAAGCAUGGAAGUAUUCGUUACUGGUUGAAGGCGGAGAUGGACAAGCCAUGGUCCUUCAACACAAAGACGAAGAAAGCCUUCACCGUUAUCAGUCCCAUAGACAUCAACAAACCAGAGUAUCAGGUGUGUGUAGAGAGCAGUGUGGAGAAGACACUGUGUUGUUGGCUGUUCACUUCUGGUCCAAUCUCCAUCACCGCCCGCACUGACCGUAGAGGAUACUGCCCAGGUGAAUCAAUUGCAAUAUCGGCUGAGUUUGACAAUCUGUCGAAGCGUACCGUUAUCCCAUAUGCAACAUUGUACCAAACCCAGACGUUCUUUGCCAGUGGGAAAUCAAGAAUUCGGAAAACGAAGUUCACUGUGUUGACCGGUCUGCCAGUGGGUCCAGGAACACGGGGCAGCUGGGAUUCUCAGCUCCUGAAGAUACCCCCUGUGUCCCCCUCCAUCAUCAAUUGUUGUGUCAUGAAGGUCGACUAUUUCGUUAAGGUGGCUCUACACAUACCUGGUGCAUACAACUUGACAAUACACCUACCCAUCAUCAUCGGCACAGUACCAUACAGAGGUGGUCCCCACUCGUACGCUGACUCGCGCUUUUUCCAUGAGGCACAGGCAUUACUUGCUGCUGCCGCCUACCUUGACGUGCCCAACCCCCCACCUUACCGCGAGACCAUAACCCCACCUCCGCCUUUUGAAGACCCACCUACGUAUGUUGAAAGUGUGGGUGGUGCUGUGAAUCUGUGGGACGAUGACGAUGAUGACAACACCAGCCCGGAGAACAACAUGGGGGAUCUCACAUAUACACCCAUGUACACUUAUGUGUACAACUACAGACCACCGCCCAGAUACUCAGAUGUGGUCCAGAGUGAUGUGGACCACAUUGUUUUUCCCAGCAUAGACUUCCUUAAUGGUGGCGAUGGGUCUUGAUACUUCAGACAGGACAAUUCGAUUCCAAAUUAGUUAUGCAACAGCUAACCUGAUUGGCUGAUUGUCUUGUAAGCCAAGCUCUCAUUGGCUGACAUAGAUUUUGCUUUGUAGGCAUUUGUAAUCAGGCUAGAAGUUGGAGGUGAAAAGUUGGAGAUGAUCACAGUUAUGAUCAACCGGUGUUUCAGGUUUAAAUAGGGCCUUGCUUUGUCCCCUUAUAGCAGAUUUAGUAGGAAGUUGUGGGCUAGAGUGUAGCUAUAACAGCAGUGUUAAAAUAGUAAGGAUGUGAAUGGCGCCACUCUCGGUUUAUAUUCAACCUAGAAGUUUGUCAUUAUGAUUGAAAGUGUUAUUGGUUGUGUAAUUAUAAUUAUCCAAGCCGUUUGUCUUGUAAAAACAGUAAACUACACAAAAUAUUUUUGUACAAACUGCAGUGUGCCUUUCCUAAUUUAUUUGUCUGUGGUAUUUAUUGUACCCUUCCCCCAACAAACCAUUUGCUAAGUUGUACACGACAAUUUUGUACUCUUGUACAUUUACAUUUAAUUGUAUUGUAUUUUAUUUUGUUGUUAUUCUUCAUGAACUACAUCUUUUUGAAGCUUUUUUGACUUCUUACGCUUUUGCGAAAUGAUACUUAAAAUAUAAGUUUGUAUAGACAGUCAUUUAUUGAUUUAAUAGGAGAAAACAUAUACCGGUAGCCAACCUGAACAUUGGAUAUAGAUUGCUGAGUGUUCUAAAUCAAGUUAAUUUUUUAAGUUAUGAGUAUUGACUCCAAGUAUAGAUUUGAUGUUUUCCAAUUCAUUUUUACAAAUAUUGGUUUAGGACAUUAGGUUGUUUGAAGCGUUUUAAAUUAAGUUAAUGGUAUCAGAUUUCAUUUUUCUUCAUUUAUUUUCCAAAUCCAUGACAGUGUAUCAAUGAUUUACUUCAGGAAAACCUUUAAGAUCUUAUAGUCAUUUAAUGAACACUUACUUUAUUUUGUUUACUUUUUUUCAUAAUAUUAUGCAUUCUUGUGUAUAGUAGAAUAGGGUUAUUAGAACUGCGUUUUGAUCUGGUAGGUUGUAUUUCAGCACUAUCUGCACUAUCUGAAUGAAGUGAAAAUCUGAAAAAUUCUGUGAGAGUCGAAUAUGACCUUCCAGAAUAGACAUGAAUUUCUGAUGAAAACAGAGAACUACUUUAUAAGUUAUACAUUACUGUUUAAAAACUCUUUAAAGACAUAUUAUUUCUUUUACAUACAAUUUUGUCUUAUCGCAUGAUCUUAACAUUGCGCAAUAAUACUUGUUGUGUUGUGAGCAGAGUGGAAUACAGCUUAUUGCGCCAGGUGGUAAACGGAUAAUGCAUUUUUCGGUGUGUAUUGCUUGAGAUUUACAAUGCAUGUACAAUGAUAUGUAUUAUUUUUUACAGGUUUUACAUUUUAGAUUAUCUUUUUAUUAAGAAAUGAUUGUAAUAAAUGAUACAACUGUUUAAUUUUCAUUAGUUAACAUCCAUACUCAUUUUCAGACAUUUCUGUAAAUAUUCGACAAUUAAAUAAGUAUAGAAAUUCAUAUGAAAAUGAUUGACACAUUCAUUCUAUUUGAAAUCAAGUUAUAUAUUUUAGUUUAUUAGUAAUCACACCACCCAUUUUUAAGACACCCUGUAGGUUUUAAUCAUAACAUAGAUUUGUAAAAUAUUGUUUCUCCAUUAUUUAUUUAUUUUAUUUUUUUUUGGGGGGGGGGGGGGUAUAGUGAAGUACAUGAAAGUUGUAGAGUCAAUGACAAGAUUAAAGUGAAGUUUAUUUUACAGUACAAUAUUUUUUUUUAUAUGUAAUGGUGCUUUGUGUAUUGUGAUGUAAAAUAAUAUUGCAUUUUGAACUUUGAGAUUCCAACGUCAGUAUUUUAAAUAUUUUCAUUUAAAACGUUUUUGGUAUUUUCAUACAUAUUAUUUUACUUGUAAUAUAAAACUGACUCUUAGUUUGCUGAUAUUUUUUUUUAAAAAACAAUCACCAACAUGAUUAACAUUAAUUUUUCAAGACAUUGAAUGGUAAAUUGAAUUAAUGAAAUUAGCCUUUAUACUACUACUUUGUGCUAUGUGUAGGUGUUUAUGAAGUACAUGUCAAUGUUAUGAAAAAUGGAAUAAAUAUGAAACAAUUA